AUGAAGCUGGAGGUUUUUGGAGGAAUGGGAAGUCAACAAAUCAUCAGGCUCAUUCUUCUGAUGACAGUUACAGCUGUUCCCUGCUACUCAAACAGUUAUGCAACAAUAGAAACCCCCUCUCUGGCUGCCUUUGUGGGGACAUGUGUGGAGAUCAAAUGUAAAGUCACUGGAGUAGUACCUGAUGAAGAUGCUCUGUGGUUCUGGAUGAAGAAUGGGACAUGGGAUGGAAGUGAUUACAUUGGCACCAUUGUCUACAAGUCAUUCUGUAACUUUGACUUGUUCAGCCAAAGAAAAGCCGGCCCCAGUCUUUACCUGGUACAGGUCCAACCAAAGGUGGUCCUCCUCUCAGGAACUCAGUGGAGACAUUUGGAAAAAAUUGACUCAGCUCAGACUGAACACAGUGGAGACUAUGUUUGUACUGCUCAAAACCAACAUGGGACAGAAACAUCCAACCCUGUCCAUAUAGAUGUUCAGUAUGCACCUAAUGUAGAGGUGAGAGUGUCUUCACCUCAACCUCCAUAUAAACAAGGCCAGACACUUACACUCAGCUGUAAUGUGAUCCGGAGCAACCCCCCUCCACAUGAUUAUAGAUGGUAUAAAAAUGAGCAGAGAGUGUCCUGGGCUCAGACGUAUGUUAAGACUCUGCAGCCUGAAGACAGUGGCUCUUACACAUGCUCUGCUGAAAACACUGUGUCCUCUGCACAGUCAGGACCUCUACAGAUAGAUGUUCAGUACAAACCAAAAAACACCAACAUUGAGAUUGUUGGUCAAACCAGAGAAGUAGAGGAGGGUCGCUCUGUGACCUUCAAAUGUAACAGUGAUGCCAACCCUCCUCCUCACUCAUACGACUGGCAUAAAGACAGUAAAUAUAUUCAGUACACAGCUGUAAACCGUCUGUUGAAGAAAGUGCAGAGAGCAGACGAGGGCUGCUACAGCUGCAUAGCGACCAACAAACACGGAUCAGGAGCUCGCAGCACAGCCGUGUGUAUACAGGUGUCCUCUCCUCCCACCAGUCUGACUCUGUCCAUGGACUCAGAGGUGACAGAGGGCCAGCGUGUCUCCGUCAUGUGUCAUGUGAACAGUCAUCCAGUGUCCACCCUGACCCUCAGCAGGACCUCACAGGGUUCUUCAGUGGAGCUGCUCAGAGACACUGAGCACAACUCUCUGACCUACUCUGUCACUGUGAGCUCUGCCCAUUCAGGAGAAUACACCUGCUCCGCUCACAACACUGUGGGGUCAGGCAGCACCAAGAGGUCACUCACCGUCAAAUAUGCUCCUCAGAAGGUGAGAGUCCAGGCUGACCCAGGUCUGAGGGUUGAAGAGAACACGACACUGACGUUACACUGCAGGGCUCAGAGCCAUCCUUCUGUGAGCUCAGUGACCUGGAGCAGGGGCCCCGCAUGGCAAGGGCCCCCUGUGCACACGGGGCCCACCUUCAGAGUGAGCUCAGUCAGUGUGAACGACAGUGGCCUCUACAGCUGCACCGCACACAACCAGGUCGGACAAGGAACGUCUCCACCAGCUGAAGUUCAAGUCAUGUUUGGUCCAAAGCAGGCUGUGGUGCUGAGAGCAGAGGAGGAGCAGAGCCCUGAUGGGAGCAGCUCAGUGACUCUGAGCUGCAGCAGCCACAGCUUCCCCCCGGUCAACCUCUACACCUGGUACAGGAGGACGGAGGACGGAGCGCUCAAAGUGUCUGAGCACAUCAACUACACUGUGCUGUCCACACAGCCCGGAGUCUACUACUGCACUGCCAAGAACCAGAUCAGUGAGAGCACGUCUGAGACAGUCAGCCUCUUUCUACAGCGAGACUUUGUGAAGUACAUUUUCCUGGCUCUGGUGCCUCUGCUGAUUAUCUUAUGUGUGUUCAUUGUUUACAGACUCAAAAUAAAGAGGUCAGUUGAAGAGGAAACAACAAAAAAGUCAUGGUGGAGGAGUUGCUCGAGGACAGUGGGUCGAUGGCAUAGCUCCAGAGGCUGUUCAGAGGAUGUCCAUGCAGAGACACCCAGAACGAGAGAUGUCCCACGAUCUGAGCAGAGAGCAGACAUGAUAAACGGUACAUCCUCUGCUAAUGCUCUUUACUCCACUGUGGACCCCCCCAAAGAUAAACGGAGCCGACCUGGCACCAGUGAUCAAAACACAUGUGCAGACUCACUCUUCUACGCCUCUUUGCACUUUAACAAGAAUCCACCGACUAUGCUCCCAAAAGAAAGAGAGGAUGUCGUCUACUCCACUGUACAGAAGCAUGACGAGCAAGUGGGAGAUGUUUAUGAGAACGUUACACAACAGGACAAUAGUUCAAAUGACAGCAGUGAGGAUGAGGUGGAUGUGAGUUACUCCAGGGUGAACUUCAGGAGCAAAGCGCGGAGCAGAGUGACCGCAGCGGAGGAGGAGUACUCUGAGCUAAACUUCUAAACAUACUUAUGAUCAAUUACAAGAAGCUUACAACAUACUGUAAAUUAAACCAGGAUGACUGUAUUCCCCACACUUAAACCUCAAUCCAUCUUCACCGCAGCAGCAGAACCAUCACCUUCCUCAGCCUGUCCUUCUCCUCAUUC